UUUGCCGCACUACUUUCAGCGCACGACUGUGCUUCGAGAGUCGUUAGCGUGAUGCGUCGCGGUCAGCUGCCGUGAAGAAAAGAAAAAAUCAUCGUGGAUUGUCGCGGAGACCUACCGCGCUGCUGCCAGAAUGACCCAGUACCUCCCACCGAAUCUCUUGGCGCUCUUCGCUCCUCGAGACCCCAUCCCGUACUUGCCGCCGACGGACAAACUGCCCCAUGAAAAAACGCAGGGGACGUAUACCGGCGUAUCGAAGUACUUGAAUUUAUUCGAGGACCCGAAAGACACACCACCUCCGACGCGCGUUGAGACCCGAGAAGAACGCAUCGAGCGAAAGAGGAGAGAGAAGGCUGAGCAAGUGGCCUACAAACUAGAGCAGGACAUCGCGCUUUGGGACCCUUACAACAACAGUUCAGGCACCUUAGACCCCUUCAAGACUCUCUUCGUGGCCCGGAUUAACUACGACACUUCAGAGUCAAAGCUGCGCCGAGAGUUUGAAGUGUUCGGCCCAAUCAAAAAGAUUGUCAUCGUGCACAACAAGAUAACCGGCAAGCCCCGGGGCUACGCCUUCGUCGAGUAUGAACACGAGCGGGACAUGCACUCGGCCUACAAGCAUGCUGACGGGAAGAAGAUUGACGGGCGCCGGGUGUUGGUCGACGUGGAGCGGGGACGAACAGUCAAGGGCUGGCUGCCACGGCGUCUGGGAGGUGGCUUGGGUGGCACACGUCGUGGUGGCCCUGACGUGAACACCAAGCACUCUGGCCGUGAGGACUCUCGCAUGGAUGAACGGUACAUGGAUCGAGACGGUCGAGAUCGUGAGGAUCGAAUGGUACGUGGUGGUGGUGGGGGUGGCGGCGGCGGCGGCGGAGGCGCUGGUGAACGUGACCGGGAACGUGAACGCAGACGCAGCCGCAGUCGAGACCGGGAGCGCAGGCAUCGAAGCAGCAAGGAUGAUCGUGAACAACGUCGCGAGCGGCGGCGAGAUAGGCCUGACCGGGAACGGCCUGAUCGAGAGCGGCCCGAUCGGGAACGGCCCGAUAGAGAGCGUCCUGAUCGAGAACGACCUGAUCGAGAGCGGCCAGAGAGGCCGGAGCGGGACCGUUCAGAGCGAGAUCGGGGCGACCGGGAUCGCGACCGCCGGGACCGUGGCGACCGUGCCGACCGGGCCGAUGACGGCGGUGGUGGCGACGUGCCUGGGGAGCGCGAGAAACGUCGCCGGAGCAGAAGCCGGGAGCGAAAACGCAAGCGGAGCCGCAGCCGCAGCCGUGAGCACAGACGCCGGCGGGAGCGCAAUGGCGCCGAUCGAGGCAUUGAUGGCAUCAAGCAGGAACCGUCUGGCGGCGGCGAUCAGCAGCAGCAGGAUGGCUUUGCAGAAGACAGCAGGUCGGCUGGUGGACCAGGAGGCAACUACGAGUCCGCCAACGCCGAGGGCUACAACAGCGGCCCCGACGGAGGGAGUGGCUACAACAGCGAGAGCCAGUCAUCGUUCAAGAUGGAAAGGACCGAAGAGUACAACUAGGCUGCGGCCUGCCAGUGGCACGGACAGGUUUUGUCUUGUCUUGGGAUGCACUACCAAGGUCUCCGUCGGAGACGGGCUUCUGGAAGGGAGCGUGUGUGUUGCCUGCCUGCUUGCUCCUUCUCAAGAUUUCCUUUUCUUUGUAUACCAUGAACUCUGUUCCCUUCCUUGACAGACAUCAUUUUACAGCUAUCAUCCAUCAUUGCAAGCAUGCUUUUGUAUUAUUUUUCUUUUUGCCGUGUGACUUCCUGCUGCCCGAGUGCAUUUCACAAGAGCUGUUUGCACCAGCACGUUUUCACAUUGAACAGACUAGCUAACCACUUACGAUAGAAUUGCAUCAUUAAUGCUGUUCAAUAUUUGUUUGAGGAGAAAGUGAGCUGUUGGAUAAAAAGGGGUAGAUUCCUAAUCACAUUCGUCAUAGUCGUCUCGCAAGAAGCGUUGGUAAGUAGGAAGCCUCUCUGGAGGUAAGUGUCGUUGCAGGAGGUUUGAGAGCUGAGCUCGUAGAACUGAAUUUAUUCUUGAGGGAGCAUGCUGGGCUGUGGUUUCUUGCACACCAUGGUCUUGUGACUGGUAAUUGAGAAGCCCAAAUAAAUUGACGAUACGUCUUCCAA